GCGUGACUUCACUGUUUAGCUCGUAGAAACGGAGCUAACGGUGACGCUCGUUUUCAGUAGAAGCUUCUUUCGGCUGUAUUUGCUUUAUAAAACGUACAUUUCUUAUUAUUGGUUUGCAGCGUGUUAGCAAUUUGUGCUAACCUGCGGCUAACAGGAGGAAGGAAGGAGGGACCAGACGAGGCGGGUUGCUUCGGCCUUUUUCUCUUGUUCUUUCUCAAAACGAAAUCACAUCUGGACCGGAGCAAACGUGGAAAGGUGUGAAACAAUCCCAUAGUCAUGUCUAAACCAGAGUCUCCCAUGAAGUCCCGAUCCAAGUCCAGAUCCAGGUCCAGGUCUUACUCCAGGUCCCAUUCCAGGAGCCGGUCCAGAUCCAGGUCCAGGAAACGCCGCUACAGCUCCAGGUCACGUUCCCGCUCCUACUCUCCAUCCUACAGGAACUACCCGUCCAGGGACUACCAGAACAACCGCGGAGGCUACAACCGUGGAUAUAACCGUGGCUACCGGAGGCCCUUCCACUACCGGGGCCGUAAUCGCGGAUACCACCACCGUGGGGGGCACUACCAGAACCGGGGGGGUGGGUACGGGUACAAGUCCAACUGGCAGGGAGGGGGCUGGUAUGACAAAGAGCACAGCCCGCGCAGAGGUCGGUCUCGGUCGCGGUCCAGGAAGAGGUCUGGGUCCAGAUCCAGGAGCAGGUACUCUGACCGCUCCUCCUCCAGGGGCUCUAGGGCCUCCCGGAGGUCCAGGUCCUACUCCUCCAGGUCUCGAUCGUCAUCUCACCACCGCAGUGGUAAAGGUAAAUCUGUGAAGGACCAUAAGAAACCUGCAGAGUCUCCAGGGCCCAAACCUGGAGCAGAGGGCAGUGCCAUCGAGAAAGCCUCAGGAGGGAAGUGGAUCGACUAUGAGACCAGCCCCAAACCCUCCAGCCCGGACAGAGCGCAGGCAAAGGCUGCUGCUAAAAAGGAGGAGUCUGGUGUAGAGAACAAGGGCCCGGGGGCGGGGGGUCCCAUGUGGAGGACCAUUGGCUCUGUGUCUCCGCCCAAGCCAUCGCCCCCGGCAACUGCUCAGACUGCCGCGUUCGGAGGAUUCGGAUUCUUCUCAAAGGAAGACCCUGCACCUAGUGACAAAGCGGAGAUAUCAGCUGCCUUUAAAAAAUUUUUGGCUGAAAAUAAAGGUAAAAAAGAGGAGCAUUCUGCAGAUGUGGAUAAAGCCAAGGAUCUGUACGGCUCGUUCACUGAGAAAGACGACAAAGAGCUGCCGUUCUUCGACGCCGGUGAAGAAGAGUUCCUCAAGUCUCACGUUUUAAAAGACGAUGAGGAGGAGGGAGGGGUGAAGAGCAGCAUCUCCACCCGAGAAUUGUUUGGGAAGUGGGGAGACGAGCCCAGCUAUGCCCCCACCUACCCCACCAAAGAGAAGGCACGCAGGGACCCAGAGGAGCCAGAGGGGGCACCAGAGGAGGAGCCCUACCGCCGCAAACAUAAGAAGGAGGAGAAGAAGAAGAAAGAGAAGAAGGAGAAGAGGAGGAGCCCGUCCCCAAGAGAGAAAGAGCGUCCCCUGUUCCCCGGAGCCUUCCCUGCACGUGCAGAGUCCCCUCAGAGACUCGCGGCGUCUAGAGAAGAGUUUGAACAGAAAGUGAGCGCCAUGGGACUGGAUGAACUUCCCAGGGAUGUGAUUCCAUCAAAGAAAGAUGCAGAGUUCCGCUCCAUUUUUCAGCACAUCCAGGGGAGCCGCCGCAGCCCCUCGGAGCUGUUCGCUCAGCACCUGGUGUCCAUCGUGCACUAUAUCAAAGCUCAGCACUUCCCCUCUGCAGACCUGUCUCUGAGUGAGAGGUUUGCUCUGUAUCAAAAGAAAGCCGAGGAGGCAGAACUGAUGAAGCCUCGAAAGAGCCCCGAGAUACACAGGAGAAUUGACGUGUCGCCCAGUGCAUUUAAGCGUCACUGCGGUCUGUUUGAGGAGGUGGAGGAGAACGCUUUCAAGGAUUCAGGUAAAAAGUUCAAAGGAGAUGUGAUGGACUUGCGCUUGGACAUCGAGCGCAGAAAAAGGUUAUCUGGGAAAGGCCGCAGUCCCGGAGGCAGCCAGGAGAGGUCCUCAGAGAAGGCUGGAAAACACCACAAGAAAUCCAAAAAAGCAAAGAAGAAACGUGACCGCUCCCCCUCCUCCUCUUCGUCAUCCUCCUCUCCCUCCCCGUACCCUCCUUACAGGGCCAAAGAUUACAGCGAGGGCCCCAUGGAGCACCCAGAGGAGGGCUACUCCCACCAGAGGUAUCCCCCCCACGGGUACGGUCCCGGGCCCAGAGAGUAUGAGGGCCACGGCAUGGACAGGGGACGCGGGAGAGGCUUUUUUCCUCGAGUGCGAGGCAGAGGCUGGAACAGGGGCAACUACCAGGGCAACAACAGUAAUGGAAACCCUGCCAACAUGAACCCACAACAGCGCCCCCCAGAGGAAGAGUGGGACCCAGAGUACACGCCCAAGAGCCGGAAGUACUACCUGCACGACGACCGCGACGGAGAGAAAACGUGGGUGGAUAACCGCGGCCGUGGAAGAGGAGCAUUCCCAAACCGCAGAGGAAGAUUCGUUUACCGCAAAGGAGGAGCCGGAGGAGCCGGAGGAACCAGCCCCAAAUGGACCCACGACAUGUACCAGGGUGGAGAGGAGGGAGAGAUCCAUGAUGAAGGCUGCGAUGAGAAGGGCCAGGUGGACAAUAAACCAUAGACCGGGACUAGGACUACACCAGACCCAGACCAAGAACUAGACCAGACCAUAUGUACCAGGGCGGAGAGGAGGCAGAGCUCUAUGAUGAAGGCUGUCAUGAGAAGUGAACUAUAUCUAGGACCAGACCAGACCCUAAGACUAUGGCCCUAGGCUGGACCCCAUUUAGACUUAACACAGGGAAAUAUUUAGUCAGAAUUUACUCACAUCUUCAAAUCCCCUAAACCUGUUUCAUAUGAGGGAUUACUCAUUGCACUUGGUUUUGUUUCUCUAUAAAACUGCUUUCUAAACAUUUUUAAGUCCAGUUUGGAUGAGGAAAUAAUUUAGACACAAAAUGACAAAUCACUGAAACGGAGCCAACCGUCCCAUUGUGAAUCUGUCAUAAAAUGCAUAAUAUCUCCACCAUAAUCCCACAAUAGGACCACAGAGCUGUCGGGCUUGUCUCAGUUUGUCUUAGUAAAAAUUUGAAUUGUUUUGGUUAAUUUGUGAAUAAAAAUGUAAAAGUUUCAGAGGCUUUAAAAGAAUGAACCAAGAUCAACGCGUGUAUUUCUGUUAGGAACCUUAAUGACUAACACUAAACGUGACAACAUAAAAAUAUGGCUCUGAUUAAAACACUUGUGUGGGAAAUGUGAUGCUAACAACUUAUUUUCUUGGUGAUGGCCAAGUUUAAUGCUGCACCUUGGAACAUUCCAGUAGUGUUCUCAAAAGUAUAAAAAUCUUAUACUAAUUGAUAAUAAAACUAAUAAAUAUCAAAACUAGAUUGUCAUUUGAACCAGGUGCAGGUAUCGAUACAGCUCAACAUGGACAAACUGGUCUGGAAACCAUACAGGUUUUUAGUAUCAAAAUGAAUAUAAUGAAAUGUUAGUAUCGUGACAACACUGCAUUCCAGACGAUGACCUCCACAGAUGAGAAAGGGACAGGUUUUUAAGAGGAGGUGCAAAAACAUGAGUUUUAGAUGGCAUCCAUGCAUGUUUGAGUAAUCUAGCAAUCUCUUCUGGGCCCUAUUCAAUCCCUCCUUAUAAUUACCAAUACGAACGCUUACAAGGCUCCACCCAUAAACCUACAUCACCCAUGUUCCCACACAAUUCUCUAUAAAUAUACAAAAACAUGAUACAAAACUGUACACAGUAACUUGACAAACCUGAUGUGAUGUGCAGUAGUUUCAUUAGUGGGAUGCUGCUGAUUCUUUUGUGAUAGAGCUCUGAAGGGGGAGUGACAUAGCACGGGGAGCAAAGAGACGGGGGUUACUUAUGAUGUUAUGUGUUAGCAGUUAUUACCCCUCUUUAAGCAUUUUUGUCACUCUUAAGUUCUUUGGAAAAACAAAAUAUUGUUAGAAAACAAAUUCAGAAAAUAAUAAUUAUACAAAUUAUUAUUAAUAUUCCUCUUUAAAACGUGACAAUUGUGGCGUUCUUUAAAACGUGACUUUUUGGCAUUCUUCUGUCUGAUCGAACCUCUUCUGCUGAUCUCUGGUGAUCCUCUGCAUGUUUGUCACUUUCAGAUGUAAAUGUACUUACUUAUGUCUCAUAGCUCUGCCUUCUGUGGUUCAUUUAGACCAGGGGUGCCCAAACUCAUUUCACCGAGGGCCAUAUCUUUAAAAAUAUUAGCCAUGGAGUGCCACAGACCAGUGGUCAAUACAGUGGAUAAUUCAGAUGGUGCAUUUAACAUACUUUAAAUAAGGCUUGAAAUAUUAUUAGGUCUGUAUGACAAUGUGAUAUGUAGGUUAUAUUGGUAGCAUUACUGAAAUUUGCCAUAAAAAGUACUGAUUGAUCAAAAAUUGGUCUGAGAGCCACAUUUGGCCCCUGGGCCAUAGUUUUGACACCCCUGAUUUAGACUUUUAUGACACAUAUGAACCAGAGGGAGAUAUAGGGAGGCGUCUGUGUGCGCGAGUGUGUGCCUGCGUGGUGCUGCAGACCCAUUGCACUGGCUUGUGUGUGGCGCUGCAGACUUUCGGGGUUUAAACCUUUGACCAGAUCAGGUUUGAGGACACUUUUUACUGUGGAAUCCUUCAGUUUGACCCUUUUUACCGUUGGCCGCUUUAACUAUUUGUCUUUUAAUUUUCAAUAAAUGUCUUUGAUUUG